AUGCUGGUAGUAAGUAACUUUAAAGAAAUAACCGCACUCGCUCAAAUUCACUUGCACCAACACUCAAUGACGUCAUUACACGGCCGGACAGCAAAACUAGCAACAUGGAUUCCCGUCGCGGCACGAGCACGACGACGACAGCGCGAACCGGCUUCAUACGGACUUAUCGAUGUUGAUACGAAUGGAUACAUCGCGUACUGUCCUUGCAUGGGUCGGUUUGGAAACCAAGCUGAUCAUUUUUUAGGAGCUUUAGGUUUUGCGAAAGCAAUUAACCGGACAUUAAUUUUACCACCAUGGGUCGAGUAUCGCACCGGAGAAAUAGGAUCCGUGACGUUUUGUUACUCAUCUCGUGGUAACUCGGAAUCAUGCAACGCGAAGGAAGGAAAUCCUUUUGGACCAUUCUGGGACAACUUUAACGUCGACUUCGUCGAUUCUGAAUUUUACGGACCAUUCCACUACGACGUUCACCACACAGACAUCGCCAGUCAGUGGCGGAAAAAAUACCCCGCGGUAUCCUGGCCAGUUUUAGCAUUCACAGGAGCUCCAGCCAGCUUUCCCGUUCAAUUGGAGAAUAAAAGCCUCCAGAAGUGCGUCGUAUGGAAUGACGAGAUGCUCAAUAAAGCUAAGAAGUUUGUCAAAGGAUCUUUACCUCCUGGUGCCUUUGUAGGAAUUCACUUGCGCAAUGGAAUCGAUUGGGUACGAGCUUGUGAAUUCAUAUCGAGCUCUCCGAAUCUCUUCGCAGCAGCCCAGUGCCUUGGUUAUCGGAACGAGCGUGGCAAAGCCACUGAUUCUAUGUGCCUUCCGUCAUUAGAAGUGAUUCUCAAGCACCUGAAACGAGUUAUCAGAAACGGAAAGAACAUAAAAAGCGUCUUCGUCGCCUCGGACAGCAAUUACAUGAUCGAAGACUUGACCAACAAUCUGUCGAGAAUGAAUAUCAGCGUACACAGACAGCCCGAGCCGGCUUCUCCUCAUCUAGACCUCGCGAUUCUAGGUCGCUCGAAUUACUUCAUCGGGAACUGUAUUUCUUCCUUCACGGCUUUCGUUGCUCGUGAACGUGAGAAAAUGACUUCUUAUGUAAUAAAUUCAUCAUAUUCCCACGUAACUUUGCUCCACAAAGCUGUGGGUAAUAAUAAUUACAAAGAAGCUACAAAUUUAAUCAACCUUGGAGAGAACGUAAAUUCAAUCUGUCACUACCCCGCAAAAAAAUAUAAAAACAAUACAAAUUGUACUGCGUUACAUCUUGCAGUCUCCAAAGGAAACAAGAAGAUCGUGGAACUCCUCUUAAAAAAUAAUGCAGAUAUCAACAUCGAAGCUAAUUGUCUUGAUUCUAACGAGGACCCGAAGUACUCAGUAGCGAAAGAGUAUUUCAACCGCACGCCUUUGCUGCUCGCGGUAGCCCAAGAAAACAAAGAAAUAGUAGAAUUGCUGAUCAAGAACAACGCAGAUAUAAAUUUAAAAACUUCUACUGGAGAAUCUGCGCUUGGCUUAGCUCUAAAGAGUAACAACAAGGAAUUGAUUGAAAUUUUAUUAACCGCGGGUGUAGAUAUUAAUUUGCAUUCUGAAAAUGUCACUUCGCUGCACUGGGCAGUGGCGAAUAAUAAUUACCUAGUAGCAGAGUAUCUCAUCAAUCAUGGCAGUGAUGUGAAUACAGUUUGUCAUUACCCACCAAGAGAGUUCUUCAACACUUGCUGUUCGCCAUUGCACGUCGCGGUGAAGAAUCAAAACAAAGAGAUGGUCGAAUUGUUGCUGAGAAAUAAUGCAGAUGUUAAUGUUAAAGCUAACUGCGAUAAAACGACUCCUUGUUAUGUCCCGGUGAGAGAUUACUUUAAUCGCACACCUUUGCACAUCGCUGUUGACAAGGAAGACAAGACUAUCGUCAAGAUACUAAUCAAACAUAAAGCUGAUGUUAAUCUUACGACUAAGACUGGAGAAACUGCGCUAAGUAUCGCUGUAAAGAAGGAAAAUUUAGGCUUGAUUAAAUUAUUAAUUCACGCAGAUGCUCAUGUCAAUUCAAUAAAUCCGAGUCAUGUGUCGCCACUCUAUCUGGCUAUUAUUAGGCAAGAAAAUUUACGAGUUUUAGAGUUUCUUCUCGACCACGGUGCUGACUUUGAUAACAUCGUGGACUUUGGGGGAAAUUUAAUUGCUCUUCAUAAUUAUGAUAGAUCUAUAAAAGAUGUUAUUAAGCGACAUAUUAUCAAACUGGAAGCCCUUGGCUUGUUUUCAGGCCCUUAUUUUGGAACAAUUGGUAUAGAGUUUGAUAUUUUUACCAAAAAUUGCAACGAAGAAAUUGAAAAAUUAAAAAAAGUCGGUAUUAAUAUUAACAAAAUUACUUUUUUUGAUGUACUGACCAUGUGCCAGCAUAAGCUAGCCAUGAAAUUGACUCAUGUUAAUAAGGAUAAUUUAGCGCAUUUGAAGACAAAAGCUAAAUUAACUUUUCCGUUGUAUGGAGAGUUGGUUAAACAUCAUCUGACCAAAGCAGCCCGAAGGAAGAAAUUAUUAAUUAAAGCCAAUAUUACUCUUACUAAUAUUUUCAAGAGCGCUCUUCCAAAUAUUUUUCUCAGAGAAAUGUAUUAUUAUUUUUCUAAUCAAGAUUUGAAUUUAUUAAGUUAG